AUGGGGGAGGACUCUGACGUUUCCCAUCACGCCGCCACGGGAGAUGGGGAGCUGCUUGAAGUUGAUACUUCGUGCUCUGCCAAAUCAGUUGAUGCGGAUGUUGCAGUCUCUUUUACGGACGAAAGUACUGGGACCAGCAACGGAAGCACCACCGACAACGACUCUGCCAGCGCUUGCGAGAAGGACCGCCAGACAACAGCUUGCAAAAAGAACUGCCUUAAAAAAGGUAACCAGUGCUUGAAGGCUGCGCCCGAGGUAGCCAGCACCAAUUCUUCAGACGUUUCGGCAAGUAUUGCCGCUUCUUCCCAAACGAGCAACUCCAACGACACAAAGCCCUCUUGCAAGAAAAACGAGGCAAAGGAUAAGAAAUCCGAGAAUUCCUCCAAGUCGGACGCAUCGUCCGAGAGCAAUGCCACUACGGCCGAGACAGGUUCUGGGCCUGAAACUUCCCAUGAAACAGGUUCUGCUGUCGACACUGUUGAUAGCUCGUCCAGGACUCAGGAAGUAGACUCCAAGGCAAACGGGAAUGCCGAUACCGAGGGCAACGACCAGUCCGAAUGGACUGUAUCUGAGGACCUCCGGCUCCGAGGUAUGAAGGAGUCGACAGAUAAUCUUUCCUGGGCCGAUAUCGGGAAGGCUCUCAAUCGUGGCAAAGCCGAGGUUAAAGCUCGCUGGAAGGCCAUCAAGGACCAACAACCUCAAGAAUAUGCCACCGAUACCAACGCCGACACAAAGGGCGACCUUGGGGCCGGCCAGAGUCCUGAUGCCAAGGCUGAACAGGGCAAGGCUGUAACCCCAGCGAAGGAAGCAAGGUCACAACCCCCCAUAAAGCAAACGAUGAACCAACGUCCUCUGGAACAUCAGAAGGACGACCGCAAUCGCAGGGUGGCUCAGCAAAACAAGGGGGUCAAGCUUGGUACUUGCGAGGCACAGUGCAACGAGGACAAUCUGUCCGGCAGCGAAACAUUGUCUGAAUCACUUUGCACCACAGACGAACGCAGACGCCAGAGACGAUAUCUUUAUACUCAUGUCUACAAAACUCUCUACCCGGCGGAGGCUGAUGUCGGGCAGAACGAGCACUUGACCAAGCGGGAUCGCGCUGUGCUCGCAACCAUUGCGUGCAUGCACACAACAAACAAACUGCUAGAAAUGAAGGCAAACUUCAUGAAUGCCACAGGUGCAGAUGUGCCCAUUGCAGUUCUUCGUGACUGGUAUGAGGGAGAAUGGGCUGCAAAGGAAGAUCGUCCCAACGCUGUACAACACGAAGAUUCGGCUGAGAGAGUUGAAAAGUGGAUUGACAGCGUCUCAAUGGGAGUAGAGGACUAA